CACUUUAAGAUGCGAUCAGUCCCUUUUGAGAAAUGGAAGGGAACAUAAACAUGUUUCCUCUUUCUUUGUAUUGCAUGCAAACCAGCUAAAAACACUGUUCAGAUCUUAACACCCCAGAGAGAAGUCAGGUAUCAGUCAUCACAUCACAUGACUUCACUAGCUGCAGGCACCAGGUAGCAAAAGGAUAUCCUGUCUUCUCGCCUCUGCGCUGGUGAUAGACACAGUUUAAGGUACAGUAAAUGUCACUUUGCUGGUUCUUACUUGUUCUGUGGACUUUUCAGCGGGUUUAUAUCGUGGCUUUCGGUCAGUACUGCAGUUACAGAAAGUAAUUUUUUCCUUGAUCCUUCCGUCUGUCGUUGUAUUACAUUGUAUACACAGUUUGUAACUGACAUGAGAGAAAACUUUCAAGACAAAUACAUUCUCACCUCUCACAUCUCACUCUGUUGUGGCCUCUUGAUUUAUUUUCAGCCGAGGUUGCAUCGCGGUUCUCGUGUUUCGAUCGUCUGUGGUCCGGUCUGAGUUUUGGUCACGGCUGGUUCCUGUUUUGCUGUGCUCGAAGGUGAGGGAGCGAACACGUUCCCUCAGAGCCUGUGCAUAUAAUAAAGUUGAGUAUUUUAUUCUCUAAUAAAUAAUUUAGAAUCAUCGGUAAAGGUGAGACUUUUAUUCAGCUCAAAGUGCGCUCGUACUAAGAAACAGCCCAUUUGCAACAUUUAAUGUACUUACAAGUUAAUGAGGCAGUAAUGCUCCAAAGACCUGGGGAUCAAAUGGUGGUGAGAGAAUGAGAGAAUGAGUUUUUGGGAAGAACUUUUUAUCAGAGUUUCGUCCCAAUUGAAAAACUGUCCCCACAGAACAUUACAAUGUCAUUCAUAUAUAUCUGGCUUAUUUUUGUGGGACCCUCCUGUGUAUCGACCCCCUCCCAAGAAGCAGCGUUUUUGUGACCUAAUUACACCCUGAGCACAGCUUGUUUAUUUCUAUAUGGAAAUAUAUCAAAUAUAUAGGUCCAACAAAUAUAUUUCUGAGUUUGGAACGUUACCUUAUUCAUGAUCUUAAUGUUACCUUUUUGAAUUUGACAUAUUCCAAAAUACAAAAUGUGCCCCUUCAACAUGAAAGCUUACAAACGAUCAACAUCGACAAAAAUAACAAUAAUAACAGUCUUCGUUCGGAUCAUUUGUCUGAUGCAUUGUUGAACAUUUGAAUUAUGUUAUGAAUACAUGAACAUUACCUGAGCAACUAAGAUUAUUAAAAUUGUUUCCAUUUUGUUUAUUGGAUUCUUUGUGCUUUCAAAAACAAAUGUAUUCUGAGAUUGUGUAGGUUCGUCCAUGAAUUGUCACAUCUGUAUAGAAGAUGACUUGUUGAAUCUCAUAAAUAAGCUUUCGAAAUGUUACUAAUGUAAACUCCCGGUAGUCGGACCAUCCGAAUCAACAAAUAUGUGAAUUUUUUUUCCUUUUUUUUUUUUUCUUGCUCAGUGGUUAUGGUCUCUGUGUUUAGCAUGCCAAAUGCUAAGACAAAAAUACAAUUGGAGAAGUCGUAGUUACUAAAAUAAAUCAAAUUCUUGAAUAUCUGAAAACGGAAGUGAGUGCAGCAGGAUAGCACACAUUGUUUUAAAGGCCAGGGAUGCAGAGCACAGACAGAAUUGGAUAUAAAAUUAAAGAAAUUAUAAUGUCUAUGAGAGCUGAUUGUGAUGGCUCAUGACAGUAAAACUUGAAAAUAUACAACUCAGGUGAGAAUAGUUAAGAGUCCAAAACAUACUUAGAAUGAAAAGUGAAAAAAAGAUAAUAAAAAUAAGAAGAAAUUAAUGAUGAUUAAUAUGGUAGAAUUCCCCAAAAGAAGUAUGAUGAGACCAAGGUUUGACUUGGUUUAAAACAUGGAAUGGAAACUUGACAAGUCAUUUCACACGAGGAGGAAACGACAGUACAGCAGCACAAAACAGGAAAUAUUCAUCACUUUGCUUGUAGGUCUGACCAAGAGAGGAAGAGAUGGACUCUGUAAAAUGGACCCUGUUUUUGGGGGGCCUUUGCCUCACAGUUCCUCAGACUGAAGCCUCAUCUUGGACAGUUAAGGUGCCAUCCUCAGUUAAAGGUCUUCCUGGAUCCUGUGUGGUGAUCCCCUGCUCAUUUAACUACCCAGAUCCAGGAUGGACAGUCACUGAGUUAACCGGGAUGUGGCUCAGCGAUACAAAUGAACUAAUUUAUCACCCAGAGCAAUCCAAAACAAUGCAGCAGUAUCGGAGUCGAACGCAGCUGGUUGGAGACCUCAGACAUAAGACCUGUUCACUGAAGAUCGAUCCUCUUCAGGAAAGUGACCGCGGGCCUUUCUUUUUCAGGAUAGAAAUAAAAGGCCAUGAUAAAUAUUCUUACAAAGAGAAGAAGGUCUCCAUCGCAAUGAUCAAUGAACUACCUCCCAUCAGUUUCUCUGUGAAAGAGGGGGUAACGGAGGGUCAAAAUGUGUCUGCGUCCUGCUCUGUGUCUCACUCGUGCCCCUCCUCUCCUCCUGUCUUCACCUGGAGUCUCUCUGGACAGGCACAUGUCCAACCACAGCAGCUUGAAGACGGCCAGUGGAGAGCUACAUCAACUCUGACCUUUCACCCCACCAUAGUGGAUCAUAACAAGCGAUUAGAAUGCACCGUAACAUACCACGGAGGGCGGCACCACAAAACAUCCAAGGUCCUCAAAGUAAACUACGCUCCUCAUGUGAAGGUUGAGUACAAGUCUGAUGUAAAGGAAGGAGAAGCUGUGCACCUGACAUGCUCAAGUGAUGCCAAUCCUCCUGCCAGCAGCUAUGAGUGGCAGAAUGAAAUUGGAGCUAUGCUGCAUCAGGGGAACGUCUUCAUGCUGCCAAAUGUCUCCAGACAGCAUACAGGAGCCCUGUACUGUACCGCUACUAAUACAAUAGGACAAGGCAAAUCAAGCCCUGUGCAGCUCAGUGUGUCUUACGCUCCUCAUGUGAAGGUUGAGUACAAGUCUGAUGUAAAGGAAGGAGAAGCUGUGCACCUGACAUGCUCAAGUGAUGCCAAUCCUCCUGCCAGCAGCUAUGAGUGGCGGAAUGAAAUUGGAGCUAUGCUGCAUCAGGGGAACGUCUUCAUGCUGCCAAAUGUCUCCAGACAGCACACAGGAGCCCUGUACUGUACCGCUACUAAUACAAUAGGACAAGGCAAAUCAAGCCCUGUGCAGCUCAAUGUGUCUUACGCUCCCCAUGUGAAGGUUGAGUACAAGUCUGAUGUAAAGGAAGGAGAAGCUGUGCACCUGACAUGCUCAAGUGAUGCCAAUCCUCCUGCCAGCAGCUAUGAGUGGCGGAAUGAAAGUGGAGCUAUGCUGCAUCAGGGGAACGUCUUCAUGCUGCCAAAUAUCUCCAGACAGCACACAGGAGCCCUGUACUGUACCACUACUAAUACAAUAGGACAAGGCAAAUCAAGCGCCGUGCGACUUAAUGUGUUGUAUGCUCCUGAGGUGAAGACCAUGUCUUCCUGCUCCUCUGAGACAGACACAGUGAAGUGUGUGUGCACUGUGGACUCCAAGCCUCCCAGCAGAGUCUAUUUUGUGCUUUCUGACAAAGUCCUGCCGAGCACCAAGGUAGAGACCCACAGCUCUCUUACCAUCGGGACUCUGCAGGCAGACCUGGGAUCUUAUGCGUCCGUCCUCUGCCUGGCUAACAACACACAGGGCAGUGCCAGCCUCUCUUUAUCUGUCAAUAGUAAGAUGCAGAGUUACAUCAUCAUCGCGGUCGGAGCAGGGAUAGGUGUGACCAUACUGAUGCUUUUGAUCGCAGUGGGAGUUGUUAUAAAAUGGGGGCGGUCUGGACAAGCACCAACAUCUCACAUGAGCACCAAGAUGGCACACAAAAAUGUGGAGCUCCCUGAGUAUGCUGCGACAAAAAGAGGAGAGACGAGGUAUGAGGAUGUACAUUACCCUGACAUGCAUCCCGAUGAUCCUGUAUAUGGUAACAUAGAGAAUGACUGGGAUGACGCAAUCUACGCCAAUGUGUAACAUCGCUGAGUUCACUGGAGAAACAGCUGGUG